AUGGCGCCUUCAAAGUGGGAUGACGAAGAGGAUAGCACCCCUCCCUCCUCCCCGCCUCCCGUCGCCGGUCGUCGUAAGUUUGACGACGAAGAAGAUGACGAAGUCCUAGACUCCUGGGACGCCGCCGAGGACUCCGAAGUCGAGCGCGAAAAAGCCAAAGCCGCCGCUGCCGCAAAGGCCAAAGCCGACGCCGAAGCCGCCGCGAAAAAGAAAAGUAAAGCGCAACGUAUACAAGAACACCAACAAGAACGCAAACGGCUCGAAGAUGAUGACUCAGACGAAGACUACAGCAGCGAAGACGAGGCCGAGCGUCGCGCACGCCUGCGCAAGACCGAGAAGGACUCAGAUCUCAAGCACGCCGAGGAUCUACUCGGCGAUGUCGACCUCAACCGCAACCGGGGUAAGGCCAAGGCCAUCGUUGUAGGCGACGCGUCGGAUCCUACAAAGUCGAUCGAUCUAUCUGCCAUGCCGCUCUUCAAGCCCACUACAAAGGACCAGUUCAGCACGUUGACGGCCACACUUAUCCCGCUGUUGACGGCGAAUUCCAAAAAGGCGCAAUACGCGCUUUGGGCGCCGGAGUUCGCAAAGCAGUUGGUUAAGGAGUUGCCGAGUGAUCAGGUUAAGAAGGUGGCUAGUGCGCUAACGACGCUUAGCAAUGAGAAGAUGCGGGAGGAGCGUCAGGCUGAUAAGGGAGGUAAGAAGUCCAAAGCAGCAAAGACCAAGACUUCACUCAACACUGCGCGCGACUUCACGAAGGUGGAUACUAAUACUUACGAUGAUGAUGACUUGGGUGAUGACGAUUUCAUGUAA